AUGCAAGCUUGGCAGUACACCACCAUCAAAGGUCCUCUUGAGAGCUCUCUCACUCUCAAUGAGAAAGCCACCCCGCCAGAUGCACAAUCACUACCCAAGGGCCAUGUUCUGGUCGAAGUCAUUACCGCCGGCGUCAAUCCUGUCGAAUACAAGCUGCCAGAGGCUCCUCUGUACGGAAAGUUCAUGGUGCAACCACCUGCCAGCCCGGGCCUCGACUUCUGCGGUCGUAUCAAGGCCAUAAAUGACACGGAUGACUCCCUCAAGGAAGGCCAACUUGUGUUUGGCGCCUUGAGCAUUACAUCGAAAUUCCCCAAGUUUGGUACUCUCGGCCAAAUCAUCAUCGCCCCCGUUUCUCAGCUCACGGCUCUCCCUCCCGGUGUCUCACCUGAUGAUGCGGCAGCGGUGGGCACGGCUGGCAUGACGGCAUAUCAGUCUCUACCACAGGAUCUGAUCAAGCCUGGGACCAAAAUCUUUAUCAACGGCGGCAGUGGAGGAGUGGGCUCCUUCACAGUCCAGUUCGCCAAGGCUCUCGGUGCCACUGUCACGACGACCUGCUCCACAGCAAAUGUAGAGCUCUGCCGCAGUCUCGGGGCCGACGAGGUCAUUGACUAUCGUAAACUCGAUGUCAUGGUUGAGUUGAAGAAGAAGGGUCAGAUUUUCGACCUCGCUAUCGAUAACGUGGGCACACCACCUGGCAUAUACGAGCAAAGUCAACACUUUUUGAAGCCCGACGGUACAUUUCUCCAGGUUGCCAUGCAGAGCUCCCUGUCUGGAAUGCUUCGCAGGAGCCUAUUGCCAUCGUUCUUGGGCGGCGGCAAGAGACAGUACCGUCUUGUGAGGGUGAACAUCAACCGAAAGGAUUUGCAGCAAAUCGGCCAAUGGAUGGCUGAAGCCAAGGUCCGCGCGGUCAUCGAUCAGAAGUUCGAGUGGAAAGAGGCUCCGAAAGCGUACGAAAAGCUCAGGCUCGGACGAACAGUGGGCAAGAUUGUUGUGCACGUUGGUGAUGCCUAA